AUGUUGUAUGACCUGGUUAUUGUGAUAGUAGUUCUUGUAUUUGGCUUUUUACUUUCGCAGAGAAAGAAAAGGCGAUUGCAAAAGAAAGCCUUGCUUCUAGAGCCAUUUAAGAACCACUUUGAAGAAAGCAAUGGGGAAUACUUGUCUAUUCAUCAAUACAUAUUGAAGCUAUCUGGGAAUCCAAACUUGAAGUAUUUAUGUGCAAUAAUUACUCUUAGGAGGGACUUCUGCUUGAGUUACCUUUUUGGACCAGUGCCAAAGGAAAACUUCAUUUUAACAGGGCAACUGAAGGCUAGGGUACCAUGUGUGUAUGUGUUCAGAAAGAGCCUGCCGCUAAGACAUUAUGGACUGAAAUAUACAAAAAAAUGUUUGCUUGCAAAUAUACCUGGAUAUAAGGCAUUUGGGCCCCUUGAGGAAAAGCAUCUUGAGUUCAUCAAAAAGUAUGAGGUGUUAACCUUCUUUAUAAGCUACGCCCCUCUAAACAUUGAAGAUCCAGCAGAUUUCGAAAGUUUGGUUUUUCUGAAAGCAAGUUUGCCUCUUCUUAACAGUACAGAGUUCAUUGAUGAUUUUCUGGCUCUUUUCGACAAUGUUACUCUUGAAUCAGGAAAAAAGUUUCUUGAAAUGAAGCAAGGAUAUAAAAAGGAUAUAGAAGUGUUAAAGGCAAAAGAGAAUAGGAGUCUUGGAGAAAAAUUGGCUUCACGAAUAAGAGAAAAAAGCAAGACUAAAAGAAAAUAA